CAUUUUCUAAAAUCUAUGAGUGUGGACCACCAGAAGGCAAAAUUUUCAACAAAGGGAUAAGAGAGGACAGAAUCCUAAAGGCCAAAUUCUCAACAAAAGGAAUAGAGGACAGAGUAAAUUAUUUUGAGCACUAUCAUGGCAUGGCUUCUUCGAUUUUUGUUAACUUAGCAGCAUGUUUUCAACACUCCUCGGCCUGGUCCAAACCAAGACUGCAAUUUCAGAAUUUCCUUGUCGAAUGGCCUGUUCUUCUGUCCAAUUAAAAACAUAUCUUCGUUUUUCUCUAAAUUAUAUUCUCACUAUGUUUGAUUUUAUUCAUGAAUUCAAAUGGAUUAGGGAAAAACCAACACGGCUAGAAGGCAAGGUGGCAUUAAUCACUGGAGGGUCUAGUGGCAUAGGAGAGUCCGCCGCUAGACUGUUCGCCAAACAUGGAGCUAAAGUGGUGAUUGCAGACGUUCAAGAUGAACUAGGCCACUCUGUUUGCGAAGAAUUGAAGACUGAAUCAGCCUCAUUCGUCCACUGUGACGUUACUCAAGAAAAAGAUGUUGAAAAUGCGGUUAACACAGCUGUUUCUAAGCAUGGAAAGCUGGACAUCAUGUUCAAUAAUGCAGGAGUAGUAGACUUGCCAAAACCAAACAUACUUGACAAUGACAAGGCUGAAUUUGAGAAGGUCAUUAGUGUUAAUAUAGUGGGCGCAUUCUUAGGCACUAAGCACGCAGCCCGCGUAAUGAUCCCUGCUCGGCGAGGUAGCAUAAUCUCAACCGCUAGCAUUUGCGGAACAAUUGGAGGUGCUGCAUCACAUGCCUACACAAGUUCGAAGCAUGGUGUGAUAGGGUUAAUGAGAAACACAGCUGUGGAGUUAGGGCAGCAUGGCAUCCGUGUAAAUUGCGUGUCGCCCUACGCUGUUCCGACCCCAAUGAUGAGGAGUUUCCUUAAGCUGGAUGAUGAUGAAGUAUACCGUGUUUACUCUAAUCUGAAAGAAGCAGUUCUGAAAGCAGAAGACAUUGCUGAGGCUGCUCUUUUUCUGGGGAGUGAUGAGUCCAAGUAUGUUAGUGGACAUAAUUUGAUUGUAGACGGGGGCUUCACCAUUGUUAAUCCAGGUUUUUGUAUGUUUCCACAAUCUAUUUGAAUCUGGAUUUAUGAUUAAAUUAAUGGUAAAGCCAUAAAUUUAAGCAAUAAGAUAAGUCUUCUUUAAUUUGAUAA